AUGCAAAAUCUGACUGAGCAGCCAGGUAAUGUGACCACCAACAGGAGCCUUUCAGUGAUAUUGAAGGUAUGUGUGGUCACCCCUCUUUUCUGCGUCUUCCUCUAUUGCAUCGUGCUGAUGCUGCACACCUUUGCGUCGAACAGGCAAUUCUGGGACAGCUCUCGCUACAUCCUCUUUGUCUACAUGCUGAUCAACGACACCCUGCAGCUGCUCACCUCCGUGCUGCUCUUCCUCUUCAUCAUGGCCGACGUGCAGGUCUCCCUCGCCUUCUGCAUUCCCCUGCUCUAUGUCUCCACAGCCACAUUCCAGAACACCCCGCUCAUCCUGGCCGCCAUGUCGCUGGAGCGAUACGUGGCCAUCUUCUACCCGCUGCAGCGGCCCGCGGCCUGGCGCGCCGACCGCAUCUGGGUCAUCAUCGUGGUCCUGUGGCUGGUCAGCUGUGUCCUCCCCACCGUUGACUUCUCCCUGGGGCCGCAGGCGGGCGCGAGCGCCUUCUCCACGCUGGUGGUCUGCAAGACCCUGGUCCUCAACUCCUCGCCGGUCCAGACGCUCUUCAAGGUCUCCCUGAACGGGCUCUUCUUCGCGCUAGUGGCCGUCGUCAUCCUCUUCACCUACAUGCGGAUCCUGCUGGAGACGAGGAAGAUGAGGCAGGACCGGGCGUCGGUCAGCAAGGCGCUUCACACCGUGGUGCUGCACGGCUUCCAGCUUCUGCUCUGCAUGAUGUCCUUCACUCACCCGGUCACAGAGAGCCUGAUUGUGCUGCACGUCCACUGGCUGAGGGAGCACAUCUCCUUCUUCAACUACUUCUGCUUCAUCCUCCUUCCCCGCUUUCUCAGCCCACUCAUAUACGGCCUGAGGGAUGAGAGUCUGAGGGCUCACAUGAAGAGAGCUGUCCUGUGCUUCCCUGCCAAAAUUAACCCCGGAGCCACAGGCAAACCUUUAGACAAGUAA